CAUAAUUUAACUUUAUCACUUGGGCUUAUGUAUUUGUCUCGUGCCUUCCUCUGCACAGGAACACCUGUAGCAAUGAACAGCUUCACCUUUGGUCACCUUCUCAUCUUCUUCUUCUUCUUCUUCUUCAUCCUCCUCCUCCAUCCUUCUUCCUCUCAGCGGUACAACGCGCUGUUCAACUUCGGCGACUCCAUGUCCGACACCGGCAACGUCCAAAUCAGCACCCUCCCCUACGGCAUGACCUUCUUCGGCAACGCCACCGGACGCUGCUCCGACGGCCGCCUCGUCAUCGACUUCAUCGCUCAAGAGCUAGGUUUCCCAUUGCUGCCGCCGUCGCAAGAGGAGCACGACUUCCGGCGCGGCGCCAAUUUCGCCGUGAUCGCCGCCACCACCCUCGGCUUCGACUUCUUCGACGAACGCGGCCUCAGCAAGGGCCUCUGGGUGAACGCCUCCCUCCGCCUCCAAAUCGACCGCUUCGAGCGCCUCCUCCCCUCCGUCUGCGGCGCCGCUCGAGAGUGCAAGGAGUUCCUCGGCAAGUCUCUGUUCAUCGUCGGCGAGUUCGGCGGCAACGACUACAGCACCGCGCUCUUCUUCGCCCGGCCCAUCGACGAAGUCAGCGCCUUCGUGCCCGAUGUCAUCGACGCCCUCAAACACGGCGUCGAGAGGCUGAUCGCGCUGGGGGCGGCGGACCUGGUGGUGCCGGGGGUGUUGCCGGUGGGAUGCUUCCCGUUAUACCUGGCGAACUACCACACGCCGAACCCGGAGGACUACGGCCCCAGGACAGGAUGCGCCAGGAGGUACAACGCCCUCUCCUGGCUGCACAACACGCUGCUCCGGCGAGCGCUGGAGCAGCUCCGGCGAAAGUACCCCGGCGUCGCCAUCAGAUACGCCGACUACUACUCCCAAGUCAUCGAUAUCGCCAUCGAUCCCGUAAAAUACGGAUUCACUGGCGGAGCUUUGAGGACUUGCUGUGGAGGUGGUGACAACAUCUACAACUUUGAUCAAAAACGUAGGUGCAACGAGAAGAACUACACCGUGUGCACUGAUGUGUCGACAUACGUUAAUUGGGACGGAAUUCACCUGACAGAGGCCGCGCACCGUGUCAUAGCCAACGGCUGGUUACAUGGCCCCUAUGUCGACCCGCCCCUCUUGAGCUCGAGCUCGAGUUAAAUUAACUAGCAGAAGUUAGACUUGAAAACUUGAUCACAUCCAUUUUCCGGGCAGUACAACUCGGAUCCAACCACACAAUUCAUGUUUAGGGGUCGACGAAAAUAUAGUGAUUGUUAUUGUUUAAGCAGUGGUUCUUUUGACUUGAUCUGUAAUUAGUUUUGCUAUCGUUUAGUUUGACAUACAAUGUAGUAUGAGAGAGGCCUACUAAUUAUUUGCUGGUGUACCAUGCGUUUAA